AACCUCAAACGCAACACCCCACAAACCCUACAGCGCUACCGCAGCAUAUUACCCAACGCUGCAAUGCUCUCUAUCACAUCCUCCCUAAUCAAGAGCAGCCGUGUCGUCCAGUGCGUCAGGCUGCUACACACUUCUCCUAUCGCCGAAAUGCCGAUACAGGUUGGUGAACCUCUCCCCUCAGUGGAGGUCCAGGAAGGGGAGCCAGGGAAUAAGGUUUCUAUGGAUCAACUCUUCAAGGGGAAGAAGGGAGUCCUCUUUGCUGUACCUGGAGCUUUCACCCCUGGUUGUUCAAAGACUCACCUCCCAGGUUUUGUGCAGCAGGCAGCGGACUUGAAGGGUAAAGGCAUACAGGAGGUUGCUUGUAUAUCUGUCAAUGAUGCAUUUGUCAUGGCUGCCUGGGGGAAGGAGCACGGCACAGAUGGCAAGGUUCGCAUGCUUGCUGAUCCUACUGGAGCUUUCACAAAGGCGGUCGACCUGUUACUCGACAGUGAUCAGAUUGUUCAGGUGCUUGGGAACAAGCGAUCCAAGAGGUAUGCCAUGUUGGUGGAAGAUGGCGUUGUGAAGAAGAUCAAUGUGGAGCCUGAUGGCACUGGACUGACCUGCAGCCUGGCCUCAAACAUUCUGUCUGAUCUGUAGAUUUGUUUAGAGCUUCUUCACCUGAAUUACAUGCACUUACAGGGUAAAAGUUGCACUUACAAAGCCCAGUACAAACCUUUUCCACCUUUCCUUAAGACUUAUGCAAACGUCCAAAAUGAAGCCAGACGGUUAUUAAUGCGCACAACUUUGACAUUAAUGGAAAUCCAAAGGAACUGUCCCCUCUGUAUACUGUUACUCCUGAAAAAAUAAAACUCCCCCUGAAAGCAAUAA